AUGCAGUCAGUGGUGACUUUUGAGAAACCACUGCCCCAUUUAAGCUUACCGGAUUGGGAUGCUCGCUUGUACAAUUUACAGGUCACUGCCGACACCCGACGAGCUGAUGCCUUCGACCUUCGACACAGCGCCCACCAGCUUCGCAAUGAGACCAGGAUCAAGACCGAAUGGGACACGUACCAUAACAACAACCGCAUUAGUGCUAGAAUCUACGAGAUCGAGCAAUGGAAGUCAACGAUACAGGAUCUUCUAAACCGGAUCAAUAGGGAAAUGGAUCUUUUAAAGGAGGAGAAAGCCUCCACAGAGAGAGAAUUGGAACAACUGAAUCUGCCGUUGCUUGUGUGUUCUGAGUGUCUGUCCAACAGAGAUGGUAGGAGAAGCACUGAGUUGACUUACGAUAUGGCUGAUACUGAGUUGAAGAAGGAACUCUGCGUAACUGAAAGCAACAAGAAACUCCUCAUAGACCGAUGCCAGUCAGCUUGGGAGAAGAUCAAUAAGUUGGAGGUGAUGAAGUUCAAAUUGCAACUUGACCUGAAUGACAAGAACGAAGCUCUGGCCAUUGACAAGGAUAUGCUCUCGCUAGACAAGAAUUGCGCCAAUAUUACCUUCAAGACUGAUUCUUUGAAGACGCCUAAAAGAAUGAUCACCGGUCAACAAUGGGUAGAUAAAGUCGAAGGCAUGAAGAGGAUGGCUGAAGAUGAACUGCGCGACACGUUACGUCUGCGCGAAUCGCUGUUUGUCGCUAGAGGGCGCGCAAGAAACGCCCUUAGAGCACAAACUGAUGUCACCAACUAUAUGCUGCGUAGACGCAUAUAUGACACGCAGAGGGCUAGGAAUGAACUUGAGUGGCAGAAGAUUAAGAUGGAGGAAAACAUGGACAAGUUAAAGGCAGAACUUAAGAUCAUGGGCGAACAAUUUACAGACAAGGUGGAUGCCUUGAAAGUAGCUGAGACUAGGUUGGAAACCCGAGGAUAUAGACCUGGCAUUGAGCUCGCCUCUGAUGAAGCUGAUGUGGGCUUGAAGGAAGAAGUCCGCAAUCUAAGAGAAACAGUGAGACAACUGCAGGAGAAGUUAGAUUGCGCUAAGGCAACAUACAACGCCUUGGAAUCAGCGUCGAUCAAGAUCGGUAUCGACCUGAAUGACAAGAACCAGUCCCUGGAGGUAGACACCAGAGCACUGGAGAUGAGGUCGGCACUGGAACCGAAGCAACUGGUUGGAACCGACAAGAACUUGGUUCUGGCCAAUAUUCAGGACGAACUCCCUAAAAUGGAAAACUUCUAG